AUGUCUAAAAUAUUUUUUUUUCGUAUAUGGUUAUGUUUUGGCCUUUUAUCUUGGGUAAAUGGAAUACGUGAGUACGAGAAGAAAGAUUUGAUCGCUUUAAGAGAGGAAGUACGUUCUAUGUUUGAUCAUGCUUAUUCAAGUUAUUUAACGUAUGCUUAUCCGUACGAUGAAUUGCGAUCAUUAAGUUGUGAUGGAUUUGAUACAUGGGGUAGUUUUUCAUUAACACUUAUCGAUGCUUUGGAUACCCUCGCUAUAAUGGGUAAUUUCUCUGAAUUUCGACGUGUGGCAGAAAUUAUAAGUGCUAGAGCAAAUUUUGAAGCCAAUAUUAAUGUAUCUGUAUUUGAAACAAAUAUAAGGGUAGUUGGAGGAUUACUUAGUGCCCACCUCCUGUCACGUAAAGCAGGCAUUAAUUUGGAACCUGGAUGGCCUUGUAAUGGUCCAUUAUUGCAUCUUGCAGAAGAUAUGGCAAAACGUUUAAUAGGAAUGCCAUAUGGUACUGUUAAUUUAAAAUAUGGAGUACCUGAAGGUGAAACAAGUAUUACAUGUACUGCUGGGAUAGGUACAUUUUUAUUAGAAUUUGGAACUUUGUCUAGAUUAACUGGAGACCCAUUGUAUGAAGAAGUAGCUAUGAAUGCUAUUAAAGCAUUACAUUAUUAUAAGUCAAAUAUUGGAUUAGUCGGUAACCAUGUAGAUGUAUUAACGGGUCAUUGGACAGCUCAGGAUUCUGGAAUUGGUGCAGGUGUUGAUUCUUAUUUUGAGUAUUUAGCAAAAGGUACUUUGUUAUUUCAAGAUCCAGUAUUAGCAACAAUUUUUCAUGAGCAUAAAGCUGCUAUUGAAAAAUAUAUUCGUCGAGAAGAUUGGCACUUAUGGGUUUCUAUGACAAAAGGUCAAGUAACCUUGCCGGUAUUUCAGUCUUUAGAUGCUUAUUGGCCUGGAGUACUGAGUUUGUUUGGUGAAAUUGGAGAUGCUAUGAAAUCAUUACACAAUUAUCAUCAUGUUUGGAAACAAUUUGGAUUCACUCCAGAAUUUUACAAUAUACCACAAGCUGAAGCAGGUACUAACAGAGAAGGAUAUCCAUUACGACCUGAACUUAUAGAAUCAGUUAUGUAUUUGUAUAGAGCAACUGGAGAUCCUUAUUUGAUUCAAGUAGGAGUGGAUAUAUUAAGAAGUUUACAACAUAGUGCGAAAACCACAUGUGGGUAUGCAACUAUCAAUGAUGUUAGGGACCACCGAAAGGCUGAUAGAAUGGAGUCCUUCUUUUUGGCAGAGACAACUAAAUAUCUUUAUCUUCUUUUUGAUCCUGAUAAUUUUAUUCACAAUUCUGGUCAAAAAGGAGAAAUUAUUGAAACACAAUGGGGUCAAUGUAUUGUAGAUGCAGGAGGAUAUAUUUUUAAUACAGAAGCACAUCCUAUAGAUCCUGGAGCAUUAUACUGUUGUCAUAGAAGUCAGAAUUUAUUCUCAGAUGGAAAAGCAAUAUUAUGGAAACUUCUUCCUAUAAAUAAUAAAAAAGAAACUACAGAUCAUAGUACAUUGCAUACAAAAGAUAUUAAAGAUAAAAACGAUGAUAAACAAUCAAUUAAAAUUAUAAAAUUAUCUGAAAUGAGGCAUUCUUUUGUAAAUGAUAUAGAAAAUAAUAUUAAUAGGAACUCAAUUAAUCCUUUAUCACCUAUAAAUAAUAAAGCAGGUGAAACUAUGACAGUAGAAGAAGAGAAUGAAAUGAACAUAAACAAUCCAGAACUUGAAUCUUUAAAAAUACAAGUUGCAGCACCUCCCGCAGGAAUUUAUAAAGUUGAUGACAGUGAAAAUAUUGAUACUUAUGAAACCUAUACUACUUCUGAUGGGCAUUAUUCUACUCCUACUAUAGAAAAUAAUACAGAAUCGUUUAUUAAACAAAGUAAUAGAAAAGCAAGGUUUGAACCCCAAAUACUACUUGAAAGCAUUAGGAAAAAAAAUUUGUAUCCAACAAAUAAUUCUGCAAAAUUAAAUUAUCAGCUUUUAUCUUGUCAAUCACAAUCAUUCCUACAACGUAUAUCGAUUAUAGGAGAAUUUUUUUAA